AUGGGUAUUGUGUGUCACAGAGGGGCCCCCUGCGCCGCCCGGGCCCCGGCCCAGAUCGGGGGCCCCUGCGCCGGCGCUGCCCAGACCCUGGCCGAGAUCGGGGGCCCCCGGCGCCCCUCAGACCCCGGCCCAGAUCGGGGGCCCGUCGUCCCCGGGCGCCGCCCAGACCCCACCCUGGCCGAGAUCGGGGGCCCCCUGAGUCCGGCGCCGCCCAGACCCCAGCUGAGAUCAGGGGCCCCCUGCGCCGCCUGGACCCCAUCCGAGAUCGGGGGCCCCUGCGCCCGGCGCCCCUCAGACCCCGCCCAUCGGGCCCAGAUCCGGCGCCGCCGGGCCCCAUCCGAGAUCGGGGCCCGGCGCCGCCCUGGACCCCAUCCGAGAUCGGGGGCCCGGCGCCCAGACCCGUCCGAGAUCGGGGGCCCCCUGCGCCCGGCGCUGCCCAGACCCUGGCCGAGAUCGGGGGCCCCCUGCGCCCGGCGCCCCUCAGACCCCGGCCCAGAUCGGGGGCCCGUCGUCCCCGGGCGCCACCCAGACCCCGUCCGAGAUCGGGGGCCCCUUGCGCACGGUGCUGCCCGGACCCCGUCUGAGAUCGGGGGCCCCCUGAGUCCGGCGCCGCCCAGACCCCGUCCGAGAUCGGGGGCCCCUGAGCCCGGCGCCGCCCGGACCCCGUCCGAGAUCGGGGGCCCCUGUGCCUGGCGCCGCCCGGACCCCGUCCGAGAUCGGGGGCCCCUGCGCCCGGCGCCCCUCAGACCCCGGCCCAGAUCGGGGGCCCGUCGUCCCCGGGCGCCGCCCAGACCCCGUCCGAGAUCGGGGACCCCUUGCGCCCGGCGCUGCCCGGACCCCACCCCGGCCGAGAUCGGGGGCCCCUGUGCCCGGCGCCGCCCGGACACCGUCCGAGAUCGGGGGCCCCCUGUGCCCGGCGCUGCCCAGACCCCGUCCGAGAUUGGGGGCCCCCUGUGCCCGGCGCCGCCCAGACCCCGGCCCAGAUCGGGGGCCCGUCGUCCCCGGGCGCUGCCCAGACCCCGUCCGAGAUCGGGGGCCCCUUGCGCCCGGCGCUGCCCGGACCCCACCCCGGCUGAGAUCGGGGGCCCCCUGUGCCCGGCGCCGCCCGGACCCCGUCCGAGAUCGGGGGCCCCCUGUGCCCGGUGCCGCCCGGACCCCGUCCGAGAUCGGGGGCCCCCUGUGCCCGGCGCCGCCCGGACCCCGUCCGAGAUCGGGGGCCCCCUGUGCCCGGCGCCGCCCGGACCCCCGUCCGAGAUCGGGGGCCCCCUGUGCCCGGCGCCGCCCGGACCCCGUCCGAGAUUGGGGGCCCCCUGUGCCCGGCGCCGCCCGGACCCCGGCCGAGAUUGGGGGCCUCCUGUGCCCAGCGCCGCCCAGACCCCGGCCGAGAUCGGGGGCCCGUCGUCCCGGGCGCCGCCCAGUCCCCUGUCCGAGAUCGGGGGCCCGUCGUCCCGGGCGCUGCCCAGACCCUUGUCUGAGAUCGGGGGCCCGACGUCCCAGGUGCCACCCAGACUCCCGGCCGAGAUCGGGGGCCCGACUUCCCGGGCGCCGCCCAGACCCCCGACCGAGAGCUGA